UACCAAAUCAAUCCAAGUAUGUCUCUCUUGUAUUGUUGAACCCUAAACCCCAGAAACCCCAGAAAAACCACAGAAAUCCCAGAAAACCCCCAAUUGCAGUUUGCAGAGCAUACUUAAAUGGGUCGUGCAAAUCAAUUACGAUUACUCGGCAAAGGAAUUAUGUUUCAAACCAAGAAAAUAGUUUCGUAUCGUCAGUUUCAACACCCGAUAUCAACUUCUGUCGCUCCCUUUCUCUCUUCUCAAUCGCAAAUAAGAAGAAAUAUCAGUUAUGUCAACCGAAUGAGAAAGUCGACCAUUGAUGACAACACGUUGCGCCUUCUCCGCAAUGAGAUUCGAUAUGAACUUGAUCAUUCCCCACUCCAGCAGCCAGGUUCAGAAAUCAAUGGAUUCAAAGUAGAUGAGAGGGCAGGGGAGCAAUGGAUAAGCUUAGAAAAAGAAUAUGGAGAGAAAGAAGUGAUUAAAAUAGAAGUGAGUAUGUUUAAUGGGUCAGUCCCUGUUCCUAAUGAGGGUGAGAAAAAGGGUUUGCCAGGCCAAGAGGUUCAAUUUCAUAUAACUAUGGUAGUUAGUAUUUUCAAGAACAAUUCUAACAAAGUCCUGGAGUUUAUCUGCUCAGCUUGGCCCGACAAUAUAUCCAUCUCUAAACUUUUUGUACGUGAGCAAGCUAAGGUGCCACACCAACCUUAUACCGGUCCUAAAUACAGGGAGUUAGAUGAUGAGCUGCAAGAUUCACUUUAUGAAUUCUUGGAAGAAAGGCAGAUAGACGAUUCACUUUGCAGUUUCUUGCACAAGUAUGUAAACUAUAAAGAGAAGGCUGAAUACAUUCGUUGGAUGAAAACUGUAAAGUCAAUGAUGGAGAAGUAGCAUGUUUCAAUACUCUACAUAACUCACUACAUGUAUCUGUAUCAUGUAUUUGCUGCUGCUGGUCACUUGAAUACUUGAUAUACUUCCCUAUUCUUUUUUAAAUGACACAAUUAUUUAAGCA